AUGGCUGGCACGUUGCCGCCUCUUUUCGAGAUCACCGAAGAUGACCACGCCGGAUAUGCGGCGGUCACCGCGUAUACCUUGCUCGCCUUGACGAUUGUGGUUGUGGUCACCCGACUCGCGGCGCGAUGGUUCAUCGGUCGCAUUAUCUAUUCCGACGACAUUCUACUUGGGAUGGCGACACUAUUCGCAAUUCUCCAAACCGUCAUGGUUCAGCAGGCUAUGCAUAAUGGCCUCGGGCGCAGGAAAUAUCAGUACGUGGCCCAAAUUCUGCUCGUGGUAACGAUGGCAUUUGGGAAGCUUUCCCUAGGAUUGCUAUUUCGAAGUCUGAUGGCAACCACCCGAUAUGCCCGGGCAAACUGGGCCAUCAUCGGCGUGGUUAUUGCCUGGGCUGUGUCAUCCAGCUUCGCAUUGAUCUUCCGGUGCGACCUACCCACUCCGUGGAACUGGAUCGAUCCUGAACACUGCGUCAAUCAGCGCAUGCUUUUUGAGGCCAUCGGCAUUAUCAACAUAACAACGGAUGCUGCGAUUGCCAUCCUGCCAUGCUUGAUGCUCCGCAGUCUCCGAUUAUCCUAUUUCAAGCGAAUGAGGAUGAUGCUGUUAUUGUCAAGCAGAGUUUUUGUUUGCGCGGCGACCGGGUUCCAAAUUCGCAACACGUUAAGAAUGCUCCGGGCCCAUGAUCCUGUCUGGGCGACGACCCGCGUUACUAUUUGGGACCAGGUCUCCAUGAAUCUUAGUAUCAUCACAACCGCCAUCCCCUCUCUAGGCCGGCUAGUGAUGGAGUUACAACCUAGUAAUUUCUCGUUCCCCAUCAACGAAGGACCGAUGGAUAUUCCAUCCCUUGAUGGCAAAUUCCAGCCCUCGAGUAGGCGGUCCUCUCUCAGCAGGGAUCUCCAUAUGCGAAGUCUGAAUGUAGGGACGUCCAUCCAUGGGACCCAGUGGCGAGAUACUAUUAUGGAGGAUGAUGAAAGUCUGGACCAGUUAGUUCGCACGCCAUCUUCUCAAGGUGGGAUACAGCAAACGUUAGACUUUGAGGUCCAUUGA